GCGAAGUACGAAUCGCGGAUGAUCAACGCAAAUAUCAGCAACAAGAUUAUCCUCCGACUCCAUUAAAAUUAUUAAAAUUAACGAACAAAAAAUAUUUUCCAUACCCAGUAUAUUAAUUUUCCGUGGAUAAAUUUCGAAUUUUUCAAUUAUUUUGCGGAUCUACCGCAUAUAAAUACUCUGGUAUGAAAUCGGAAGAAGUUCAGUAUCUUGUGAAUCUUAGCGAGAUUAACAUCGUCCUAGUUAUCUAAUCACAUCGACUGAUCGGCAACGAUGACCUUUAAGGGCGUGAUGAUGCUUCUCAUCCUAACAAGAUGCAGCAACAGCAGCAGCAGCAGCUCUCCAGCAUCCGAGUAUGCCGUUUCCGAAAUGCUUUCAACGACGACCGCAAACAAGAAUAUCGGUGAUACGAUACCCAUGGCAGAAGUUCCCGUUCAGGAUAAUCACUUUGCUCGAUCGGAGAAGAAUAAAUACAGCGGAAGUUAUCCAGCUUCGUCGUUUGUUUCGAUUCAAGGAACGAGAGGCCCCGCAAUCAUCGUUUACAACGGGAAUGGCAAUGGAAAAAUCGUCUACUCCGGCGGCAUUAAUUCCGGAAGAAUUUUUACAUCCAACGAUUUCCCAGGAUCGUCUUAUCACGUCGUUAACUUUAAUCGAAAACCGAUUGUCGUAACCCACCAAUUAUCUACACCUGUAAUUCACCAUAAUUCUGCAACUGCUGCUGGACCCGCAUCAUCCGCUGUUACGAUUAUUCAACCCGCCGGAUCUUUUUCUAUCACAUCAUCGCAGCAGCCAGUUGUAGUUCCGUUCACAUCAAUUUCGGGUACUUCUCCAUCUAAAAUUCAUCAGCCUGAAUCAAUCAACCGAGGUCAGUCGCAGUCAUCCGGCCGUACCGGGCAUGAUAUGUGGCUGCAUCCGGCGUCCUUUCCGGCUGUUACGAGGCUGGAAGAUGCGAGCAAACUCAUUGAUGGGAUUGCGGCCUUUGUAUCCAGACAGUUACAAACGAAUUUAGGUGCAAUUGCGUCAGCAGGAUAAUCCUUCCAUUUUAGAGAUGUAUUUCAACGUGUCAUUAAAUUCACGUACACUAUUCGACAAGGUAUACAUAUAAUGGAGGAAUAUUUCCUAAUUGUGAGACUCAGAGUGAAGAAAGGAAUGUUCAUUUCUUUCAAAUCGAAACGUGUAGAAAUUUCAAUUGAUUCUGAAAACCACUUCAGUUUCUCUGUUUCUGAUGCGAUUACUAGCGUAAUUAUCUCUUCAUGUACUCUGAACUCAUUGUCAAACGAUCGACCAUAAUCCAAUUUGGAGAUAAUUGACAAUAUACGCACAA